GGCUGCCACAGCUUGUCGUCAACGCCGCCGCCAGCCAGCUGCGGCAAGCUCCCCAUAGGUGCUGCAUGCUCCAUGCUCCAACCUUGACGCGGUAGGUAGAGAGGUACUCAACCCACCAAACAACAAACCGCCCCGUCUCUUGUCAUCGACGACAUCCCACUUCAACUUUACAACGAGUCCGCCACCGUUUGCAUCGCAACCCUCCAUUAUUCACUUCUGCGCGACGUCAUCACACCCGAGGAACGACGCCGAUAAUAAUUCUCAACCUCCCCGUCACACAGCUGCGUCAACAUAUAAUACACUACUUUCCAACCAACAAACACAUUCAAGAUGGAUCGCAUGCGCAGCUUGUUGGGCGGCGGCCUGGGAAUGGGCGGUGCCACUGCGCCAGGAGCCGACAACACCAACCUCAUCGACAACUCGGAAACCGUCUACAUUUCCUCCCUAGCCCUCCUCAAGAUGUUGCGUCACGGUCGCGCCGGUGUGCCCAUGGAAGUCAUGGGCCUGAUGCUGGGCGAGUUUGUCGAUGACUUUACCGUUCGCGUCGUCGAUGUGUUUGCCAUGCCCCAAAGCGGUACUGGUGUCAGUGUAGAGGCUGUCGACCCCGUCUUCCAGAUGAACAUGAUGGACAUGCUCAGGCAAACGGGAAGGCCCGAGGCCGUGGUUGGCUGGUACCACUCGCAUCCCGGUUUUGGCUGCUGGCUUUCGUCGGUUGAUAUUAACACCCAACAAAGUUUCGAACAACUCAACUCCCGUGCGGUCGCCGUGGUUAUUGACCCCAUUCAGUCCGUCAAGGGCAAGGUUGUGAUUGAUGCUUUCCGUCUCAUCAACCCCCAGUCGCUCAUGCUGGGUCAGGAGCCCCGCCAGACGACAUCCAACUUGGGACAUCUCAACAAGCCUUCCAUCCAAGCUCUCAUCCACGGCCUGAACAGGCACUACUACUCGAUCGGCAUCAACUACCGCAAGACCGCCUUGGAGGAGAACAUGUUGAUGAAUUUGCACAAGCACGUUUGGACCGAGGCCCUCGAAAUGGAGGACUUCCGCUGCGAGGGAUCGAGGACGAAGGAGAGACUCGACCGCCUGGUCAGCCUUGCUGACGGCUACGAGAAGAGAGUCAAGGAGGAGACAGAGUUGACCAAGGACCAACUCAAGACACGCUAUGUUGGCAAGGUGGAUCCCAAGAAGCACUUGGAGGAUGUCGGACAGCAACUUAUCGAAGACAACAUUGUUGCCGUUACAAGGCAGAUGAUCGACAAGGAGGCGACCAUUGCGAAGAAGGAUGCCCCCGCUGGGGCCAACGGCACCACACAUGGCGACCAGAUGGAGGUCGAGGAGGAGCAGCUAUAGGUACCUACCUAACCAAAAGGACAAGCAUGCAUGACGUUUUUCUUUGCAGGCGCAUACCUCCGACUUGUGAUUUUGUAUGACUAGGCGUUAGGUAUAAGGAUGGGCAGCUAGACCGGUAGCCAUGUUCAAGAUUCGGUUUUCAUUUUCAGUGAAUGGGGUUGUCUGUUCAGGUACAGACUUGCAGUGACUGGUUUACGGGCUCGUGGCUGGUGGUGUAAGUGACAUUGAUUUCUCUUUGUUUCCGAUCCUAAACCUGAGUUGGUGCCACAGGAAUGAGUGCACCACAUCUUUGUGCGCGGAAAGCUGUUCUUGGUUACACACCAUUGUCCUUUGACAGAUGCUCUGCACAGCGUUGCCGUGCCCAUAAUUGCAUUGUUUACUUGUGG